AGGCAAUGAGUACCUACAAAAGAACUGAUCUUCACCUCGCCGUCCCCUAUGUUAGACCUUGCAUUUGCCUCCGUCCAAUAUUACUAGGUCAUGUAUCAUGGGUUAGUAAUAGUAAGUAGUUUAAUGAAGAAUUCGUACUUAUUUGAAGAAAAAUUUUGGCAGAUUUUCAGAGAAGUCGGCAUGAAGUUCGUCUUGUUCUACUUCAUUCCGAGCGACUGAAACAUAAUUUUCAUGUUUUGGCUUUUCAUAUUUGAAUUCGCUUUUUUACCAGAGAAUAAUCAAAAGGUAAAAAUUAUGGAAGCGACAGGGACAGCGUUCCCCAUGAGGUCACUCUUUGGACCUCGUCGGCGAUGGUCCGUCAUCACGAGCAUGCUAUGGGCUGGCGCUUUCUGGCUUGCGCUCUUCUCGCCGGCUGCCACAGCUGAAUACGAACCUGCCGAGAUGACGUGUGCUCUGUGCCAGUAUGUUGCAUGGACAGGCAGCUGCGAGCAUUUCGGUGUUUGCGACCUGAACCUCAAUUCCGAUACUUGUUUUGCGGAUCAUUGCUCCCCAGAAGCACAUAGGCAGCGAGCGCGUGACGUUCUUUCAGCUGCUGGAAGAGAAGCAGAUCGCGCGCCCGUUGCUUUAUUAAGCCCUGGCGAUAGCGCUGUUCUGGCAGACCAACACAUACAGGCAGACUCCAACGCUGUGGUUCGUCGAGCAGAGCAAAACGAGGAGCAAGUAACAGGGGAUGGAAAUAGCGUGGAGGAGCAGGAUCGUGGCUCAAGAACGAUGAUAAACAAAGGCUACGCUCCUGUGGCAGUGUCAUAUUUGGGCUCGAAUGGUAGCGCUAUCUCCGGAGUAUUUGCUAGACCCCUGGAAGCUUUCUCCGGUCUUCUGGGAGGCUCGACCGCUGUAGGAACAGCCGGAGACUUCGUAAACCUUCGCGUCACGAAAGCGAUGGCACCACGAGGCUACGACGUUCUCAGAGUGACAGUAAUCUCGAAGCAAGCGAAGCCAUAUGCCAAAGUGAGUCCUGCGUUCGACUACUCCGCGGCAUUCAAGUACUGAUUGUUCUGAGUCGAAUAUAAGUUAUAUUUCGCAUCGGUCUGCGUAUUCCCCCCUUCUUGUAUUCGAUUAUUGCGUAUUCAACCCGUCAUUGUCUGCUCCUUAGGGCCGGGAGGGAUCAUCUAGCGCAGUAGUCGUACCUCUAUGUAUAAAAUUCGACGUAAGUAGUCCUUUCGGAUUAUUUGAAAAAGCAGGUCUACGCGUGAUGGAUGUUAUUUUUGUGAGCACUAUAUAUAACAUUUCCUUUUCCACGCACCUACGAAUCUCAGGUGGACAUGGACGUCGAAUCAUCUUAAUACUGGGCUCGUUAGAGGCCAGGUCACGACGGGCACAGCAGAACUGGCGCAGGAUCAGGAGUCUUUAGGGAACGCGCUGUCUGCUCCAGGAGCAGGCUCGUUCUUCGGAAUUCGUCACUACGAGCAAAAAAAACAGGUCGUUUUGGAGUAUGACCAGCACCGCAUUCCCCUGCCUUCACUACCUGUGCCCGGUAGUGGCGUUUCAGGCGUUUUCAUCGCGGAUCCGUGCUUUAGGACGGAUUCCCUCACCACAUUGAUCGAUUGCAUUUACGAGGAGAAAUUCCAGCUGUCAAAGCGCACACCGGAGAUCCUCCGGACCUUCGUUGGCGCAGAUCCCGCGGUCUCGUUCUGGGGUAUUCUCGGAGACAACUUCUAUGAUCGCACUGGAGAUGCAACAGACUGGAUAUUCGGUCAGCUAGAUGACGCAACGCGCAGAAAAAUCAUGUACACGGUGCACGGCAACCACGACUACUGGGUUUUGGGGAUGCCGCGGGUAGGCACCACCUUCGACCAGUGCGGCAACGGACUCACGCAGUAUUACGGACAAGACGUUCUGGCUAGUCUGCACCAAAAAUCGAAUUCGGCAGACGAAAUCGAAAAGCACGAUGAGCAGGAAGAGAAGCAAGAUGAACAGGACCAAAACGCUCCUUACGAUCUGUCAAUUGACCCAGCAGCUGGCCGACACCUGUUUGGGUGCAAUCCUUUGGCCCAGAAGAACACUUUUUCCUAUUCGCAGCACGGCAAUAUGCUCGUCGUAGCUUACUCGGCGGUUUACAGCUGGCGGUCACAGUUCAAUGAUUUUCGAGAUGCUUGCGCCUUCGCAUUGAAGGAGAAAACGAUUGAGUUGAUGCUCGUAGUUGGUCACUGGAACUUCUGCAAUUCUGGGUGCAACAUGGAGAACGAUGAACGAAUGUCACUGUCUCACGUUCUCGAGCGCAUGAAAAGCCAGAUAUCAGAAUGCAAACAGUUCGAUAGAGAUGGAGUCGCUGCGGACGUCGACAGGAGCAGUGGUCCUAUAAACAAGAAAGCAGUCGAAGUACAACGCGGCGAACUAGCAUCCACUAAAACGACUUCUUCUUCAGAUGUCGGAGGUAGCGGUCGCAUUCAGUCAGCAAUGGGGCAUACACAUUGUAACCGCGUUGAGAGAGGCGGUGCGAUGGUCGCGGGAUAUGGGAUGCAUGGAUGCGGGAACUUCGGAGUGCCUGUGUUCGACACAACAGGUGGGAGAUAUCGCGUCUUCUACUUCAAAAUCAUAGGUGACGCUUCUUCUUCUUCUAGCACUUCUGGGAAUGUGGAACAAGUUGAGCAUGACUACUACGAUGAAAUGAUCGGAUGCAUGAAGCAGAAGGGCACUUGGCGAGCGUGUGCGGCAAAACAUGCUGAAAUAUGGAUCGACGUCGUCUUGCCGCCCCGACCGCAGAAGAGGACGCUGACGGCGCUGCACGAAGACGCGACGCUGUACGUCUAGUUGCGUCUGCAGCCACGAGAACAAAACUAAUGACUUUUUCGUCCGACUCCGACCAACACGCAACAAGGCUUUGUGGGUCUGCGAGAAUUGGUGACGCUCAUAAUCCUGUCCCAAGUAUAGUGCCAUCCACGCCGCAGGCGCGCGCGCUGCAGGCUCGCGACUCAUUAUCACAGGAGCCUUCCGUACUUGAUGGAGCGACGGUCCGCGUGAUGUGAAGAAUUUGAAUUUGAUUGCGACCUAGCAUAAAGGACGCUUAGAAAGAUUCCCCUUGAUGUUGAUGCUGCGGCCAUGUUGUUUCCUGUGCAGUUGCAUCAGACUUUUUCUAAUCAACUGUGGCUUCGUUUCUUACAACGUAUUACAACAUCGCAAUUUUUUUGGUUAUCCUUAUCGAGCACCUUUUUUUGAAUGAUUUUGUGUGUAUAGUUUCGAAUUGAACAACAUCAUGCAGGUACCGCAUUUUUCAUGGCCUAUACAACAUGUAAAACCUCUGCGGGGGGAUGUAUGAGGUUGCCGGAUCGCCGUAGCAACACCGGCAAGACAAGAC